AUGGGUUGUGCCCGGUGUGCCGGUAGGGAACCGGGAGGCAAAUGGUACGAGACUUGUGUUGUUUGCAAUCAUAAACCCCAGGUUUGUUUCGGUCGCAAAGCACUGGACGAUAAAACUGACACUCAUUUCCUCAAUGAUUGUCUUAAUAAGAGUAAUGAAUUGUCAAAUACGCCAAAGCUCGAUGCCAAUGGAUAUCAAAAUCGCCAGAAUUAUCACAUGGUCAUCAAGGUCUUGAAGGUCAUGGUCAAUCUGGUGAUUACACGGGCUCAUGUGAACAGGCUGUUAACUCAUGGUAUGGGGAGGUUGCUGAUUAUAAUUACGAAACUGGUGCGGGUGCUGGUCAUUUUACCCAACAGCUUGGAUAUAUUUGCCUGGUAUUUACAUCUCAAAUAUUAUGUGAUAAUGUCUAAGCCGGCACCAAGAAAAUGUCCCACAAGUGGCGGUGGCACCAGUAGUAAGGGUUGUUCUUCUAAAGGAACUGGAGGUAGUAAUAAUAGCACUGGUAGUGGUGGUGGUAGUAAUGUGUUGGCCCUGGUAGUCCACCUAGUAGUCCCCCUGGUGACCCAGUACCUCUGCCUGGUCCAAUACCUAUUUUGCCUGGUGGUGGUGUCCCAGGGUCAACCCCGUCUGCCCCCAAAACACCAGUCAAGAGAUGCUCAACAAGUGGGGGAAGUAGUAGUGGAAAGGGAUGUCCAUCAAAGGGUAGUGGUAGUGGUGGUGGCAGUAGUAGUGGAAAUGCUAUCUCAAAUAAGCAAGAACAACAAAUUGCAAUUGGCCCUGGUGGAAUCAGUAUUGGAUCACCGGUCCGGCACCAGCACCUCAACCACCACCUACGAAACCAUCAACACCCAUUCCACCCAGGCCUGUUCCACUGCCAUACCCUCUACCUGGUAUACUACCUCCUGGUAUCCUACCAGGUGGCAUUCUACCAGGGUCACCAGGUACACCAGGUGCCCCGCCAAUUGGUGCUUAAAAUGA